AUGGUACAAGCAUCCACCUCUGUAGCUUAUCCACAGAGUAACGGGCAAGCAGAAGUGACCAAUAAAGAAAUCAUCAGAGGACUUAAGACUAAGCUAGAUCAUGUUGCUGGUAGUUGGGUAAAUGAUUUACCUAGUGUGUUAUGGGCUUACUGUACCACCACUCGAGAAGCUACAGGGAUAACUCCAUUUCAACUAAUAUAUGGGGGAGAAGCAGUCGUACUCAUUGAGGUUGGGGUGGAAUCUGAUCGGAGACGGCUUUAUGAUGAAGAUAAUUACGGUCGACGUCUUAUGGAACUUGAUCUUAUCGAAGAAGCUCGGGACAAGGCAGUAACUCGUCUUCGUCUAAUCGACAGCGAAUGA